AUGGGGUUGGUAAUGUUUAACUUUAGGUGUGUAUGUAUAUAUUUAGUAUACAUAUGCAUAAAUGUUACUUUGGUGGAAUCCACCCAAUCUAAGUCAAACAUAAUACUUACUGGAGCUCCCAACUUUCCAUCCGCACUAAUAAAUGAAUUCCAAAGGGAGUGCGGUAUAGAGACAGAUAAAUUGACUGUUGAUGGCAGUAAAAAUGUGUAUAAUGACCCAAAAAUAUCCAAAUUUAUUAGGCUUAUAAACGAAUGGUAUGCCAAAAACAAUUAUAUUGGAUCGGGGGUUAAAAAUGUAAGGGUGGAAGGUGGGAAUAAGUUACACGUUACUUGUAACGAACUAAUGGUGGAUAAAUAUAUACCAAUUGAAAUUCAUACUUUUACAAAUACCGGCGCUAGCGUCGGUAGAGCAGUAGACACCAACCCACCUAACGUCUUAGCCACUCUGUCAGGCAGCAAACUAAUAGGUAAACCUACGAACGAACGGAGUGUAUCAGAUAAUUUUAUAUUAAAGAAGCUGGGAUUGAGUCCAGGCAAAACUUUCCAAUGGAACCAUUCAAAAUGGGCGAUAAUUGAAGCAUGCGGACUUUUUAAAGGUAAUUCAGUGGUCAAACUGGUUAAAAAUCCAAAGGACGGUACAGUGACAUUACAUCUUUACGUUAUUGAAAAUCCCACGAAAAUCGUUGGACCAUUCCUCGGUAACAUUUUAAAUGCAUAUAAGGAACCAAUAUUUGGCCUCAAAUUUCAACAUAUCAAUUUGCUAGGCAAUGGAAUUAUUGGUACCCUUUGCACAUCAGCUGGGUUGUCAAAUGAAGGUUACGGAUUCAAAUCCAGACCAUAUAAGAUCGUUGCUAAUCUCACGUACGACAUAAUGGAGUCUUUUGUUUGGCUCCAAAACAAGUUACAUCAAUCUUGCCUGAUGGUGUCACUAAAAGGCUUUGCAGACAAUUCAAAAAUUGGAGGACUAGUGAAGUAUAAUGUUAAAUUGAGCGGUAAAGAUGGUCCAAGAGCCUCGCUAGUGACUGGUUUUUCUUCUAGUGAAAAAUUGCAAUCUCUUACGGAACUUAGGAGCAGUUCCAAAUUACUGAAUUGUAUAAUAGAUACAAAUUCCAGUGUCCUUGGUUAUAAAGAAUCAAAUAUAUGGAAGUUCAAAUACAGGGGUAAACUCAAUCUAAAUCUGCCCAUAAACAAAACUUUAUCAACCGCCAUUGAAUGCGGAAUGAGCACCAGUAUCUUGGAUAACAAAGAAACGGGUUGUGAUAUAGAGAUUAAAGGCUACCGCCCCCCAAAUUUGGGUAAAUAUAAUACUUCAUAUGAUAUAAACUUGAUACUGUACCAGGAUAUACCGAUAAAUCUGCCUACAUCCAAAGAAGACAGCAGCACUGUGCAAAUUGGAAAGGGUGUAGUCGGGGUUUAUUUUGCGGCGGGGGGUGGCAUUAAGCAAUUAGUUAAAGAGAACAUUGAAAAGAUCGAGUCCACAAUUGUGGCAACUGUAGGCCUUAUGGCAGGGGUUAACAACGCUAGAAUUUUCAUUGGAUUGCCCAUUAUUAAGGUUGACAACUAUGCCAAACCCUUCAAUUACUUCCCAAAUUUUGAUCCGAAGGUUACCCUGGAUAUUAGCGUACCAAUAAACAACUAA